GAGGACGUUGCGAACGAAAUAUUCUUUUCCUUUUAAUCAAUGACUAAAUGAUAUUUUGAGUGGGAAUUCAAAUGUGCUUGCAUUAUACAAAUAAUUAAAUCUUGCAUAAAUUGGUCCAUCAGAUUAAUUCUUCAUUACAUCACAAUACUAGUGUGAUUAAUUAGUAUGCAGCAAACAGGAAUAUUACAAGCAUGUCAGGAAAAAGGAAGAAAGUUACUGUGACCAUAGAAAAGAAAUUAGAAGCUCUAUUCAGAAUCGAUAAAGGUGAGCCAAUGAAAAGUGUUGCUGUUGAUUUAGGGGUAGGAACAUCUACUGUUUCUGAUUGGAAAAAGAAUCGAAAGGAAAUUGAAGAAUUUUGUGCUAAAAUGGUUUCUAGAGAUAGUUUAGGUAAUAGAGGAACAAUAAAAAAAGCAAAGAAUGUAACAUUAGAUGAUGCACUCUAUGUAUGGUAUAUUCAAGAACGUGAAAAUGGUAUACCAGUGUCAGGACCUAUUCUUAGAAAAAAGGCUCUUAGUCUUAAUAAAAAGCUAGGUGGUGAUCCUACUUUUACAGCAAGUGUAGGAUGGUUAGGUAGAUGGAAAGCCCGUCAUGGAAUAAGACUAACCCUUUGCAGUGAAAACUUAUUAGAAGAUGCAGUUACUAAUGACAGUUCAAAUCAAUUAGUGCUAGAAAAUGAUAUUGUAACUGUGUGUUUGUCCACUGAAGAUGAAGAGGACAUUCAAAAUACUUUUAAUGAUAAAUGUCAUCAAAAAAUAACACAUAUAAAUCAUCUUGAAGCAGCAGAAAUGUUAAAAAAACUAAUAAACUAUUUUGAACAACAAAGUGAUAUUUUAAAGAAUGAUUUAGUGACAUUAAGAAAUUUACGUGAUUAUGCAUCAAAAAAAUAUUUAUUGACUUUAAAAGAAAAAACAUCUACUAAUUUUAUUAAAUAACAUUUUCAGUGUAUGUCUUUAAUUAAAUGUAAAUAA